AUGCCCCGGCAUCAUCCUGGUUCGUUUGCCAAUGGCUAUCCUCGUGGCGGCACAUUCGAUAUCUCACCCCAUAGGUUCGAACCGCGGUCUUCUACACCAGCCUUCCGUCGCCGACGAGCUCUUCUGACUAGAGCCAUCUACGCUUUGGUCGCGAUUAUUGUCUUCGGCUAUUUUGUUUGGCCCCGAGGGCCUGUUGUGUCUGUUAUUUCCUUGGGACUCCUAACAGUUGGAGGCGACAGUCAAUUAGAGACUGUUCGAUACUAUGAUCUGAGCAACGUUCAAGGAACAGCUCGUGGGUGGGAACGCGAAGAGCGUAUUCUCUUCUGCGUCCCACUUCGCGAUGCGGAAGUGCACCUACCGAUGUUCUUUUCUCACCUACGCAAUUUCACCUAUCCGCACCACCUCGUCGACUUGGCCUUUCUAGUCUCUGAUUCAAAGGACCGGACUUUACAGGUCGUCAUCGACUCUAUGAACGAUAUCCAAUCAGAUGAGGAUAUAACACAGCACUAUGGCGAGGUCUCUAUCAUCGAGAAGGACUUUGGCCAGAAGGUAAACCAGGAUGUCGAAAGCCGCCACGGCUUUGCAGCCCAGGCGAGCCGACGAAAAUUGAUGGCCCAAGCCCGGAACUGGCUACUAAGCGCUACGCUACGACCCUAUCACUCUUGGGUUUAUUGGAGGGAUGUCGAUGUGCAGACUGCCCCCUUUACAAUACUCGAAGAUCUCAUGAGACAUAACAAAGACGUCAUCGUACCCAAUGUUUGGCGACCGCUGCCGGACUGGCUCGGAGGAGAACAGCCGUACGACCUGAAUUCGUGGCAGGAAUCAGAAACUGCUUUAGCCCUGGCGGACACCCUUGAUGAAGACGCGGUCAUAGUUGAGGGAUAUGCAGAGUAUGCCACUUGGCGUCCCCAUCUUGCGUAUCUUCGAGAUCCCUAUGGUGAUCCUGAUAUGGAGAUGGAGAUUGAUGGUGUUGGUGGUGUGAGCAUACUCGCGAAAGCACGCGUCUUUCGAUCCGGAGUCCAUUUUCCUGCAUUCAGCUUUGAGAAGCAUGCCGAGACGGAGGGUUUCGGGAAGAUGGCCAAACGUAUGGGGUACUCUGUGGUUGGACUUCCGCAUUAUACCAUUUGGCAUCUAUACGAGCCUAGUGUGGAUGAUAUUCGACAUAUGGAGGAGAUGGAAAAGGAGAGACUCGCAAGAGAGAAGGAGGAGCAAGAGAAGGCUGAGAGAGCCAAAAAGUUAAAGGAAGAAUUCGGCGAUACCAACAACCAAUGGGAGAAGGACAAGAGCGAGAUGGAGAACUUGGCGAAGCAAAAGAAGGACCAGCCUCAUCACAGGGGUGAGGCGACUGUGGAUCGGUAA